AUGUAUCAUACUCCAGUUGUUGUCGUGGCCCUUGUCUGUUCGCUGCUCCUCGCGUGUCCUGCCCACGGUGGCAUUCUGUUUGCCGGAGUGUCCAACAGCUCGUCGACGACGUCGUCGUCGCUGGUGGUCAUCGAGCCUGACACGGGUGAUAUCGACUCGGCGUGCGACAUUCCUGGUCUCCCCUUUGCUGGCCUUGUUCCUGGCGCGUACUCGACCGAACUGGCGUAUGUGAGCUUCAACCAUGAGCUCGCGCUGGUGGAGAUCACCUCAUCGGGCACCUGCACUGGAUCGACCACGACCCGCUUUACCCCGCCCGACAACGUGGUUCUUGUCUCGGAGCCGGCUAGCGGUGGCGGCCCGGGAUCGUACCUGGCUAUCGAUGGCAAGAACAUGACCUUUGGCACCGUCGAUCUCUCGGAUGGCACCAUCGGCGCCUCUGGAUCCAUGCCUGUCUUUGCUGGGCAGGGCAUCGUCUCUUCGACGUGGGACUCGGCGAACAACGUUUUCAUUCUCUCCGAUGGCACCAACAUGUACCGUGGCGGCUACCCGUCACGCAUUUACUCGCCUGAUCAGGACAUGUUCAUCACCUCGCUGGUCUUCAACUGGCGCAACAACGGAUACUACGGCGUCGUCAUGGCCACCGAGUCGACCAACGCCUACGUCGCCAAGUUCUCACUCUCAAACCCUCUCAAGGUCACCAAGGUCGUCGAGCUCACCGAGAUUGACUACGGAUACGGCUGCUCCGCCGAUGCCACCUACGACAUUGCCUCUGGCAACAUGUACCUUGUGUGCACCGACCCGAACAAGACCCUGUACGCCGUCUCGCUCUCGUCCGCGACCUACACCCGUACCCAGCUCUCUGACCAGACCAUUGAUCUCCGGUUCUUGGUCUCUGUCAGCUAAUCUGAUGUGUUGACGACAUGAACACGCACCUUUCUCUCCUGA